GUCAUUUUAAUCCUCUCUGUGAAUGGGUGAUUAUCACAAUCUGUAGCUAAAUUCAGAGUGUGGAGAAAGUAGGGAGAGGGAGGACUGGUCCUGAAGGCUUAAAACUUAGCCAACAACGAGGGAAAAGAGGCAAAAGCAUGGAAAAGAAAAACAACCUCCAGUUCUCCAUCCGGGGCUACGAGGCGUCGGAUCGGCGUGAGGUGCUGGCGCUGCUGUCCGACGGCGUGCUGGAGCACGUGUACCCGGCCUUCUUCCGCAGCCUGGCCUACCCGGACCACGUGGGCGUGGCGCUGAGCGUGUGCGUGGCCGGCUACGUGCUGGGCGGCAGCUCCUACCUCCUGGCCCUGCUGUUUGGCGCGGCCUGGGCCGGCCUGCUCUACUACUGCUGCCACCAGGUCCACCAGGGCUACCUGCAGCGGAGGCUAGAGGCCGCCCGGGGCCAGAACGGCCUGCUGGAAGGGAGCGGCCUCUGGGUGGCCGAGACGGAGGUGGGCGGGCGCACCCGGCUGGUCGGGGCGGUGGCGGUGCGGGCGGUGAAAGGAGACCAGGGGGCUCCCGGUGGAAGGGGCGAGGACCGGACCGGAGAGGAGGAGGAGGAGGAGGAGGAGUUUGAGGAGGGGGAGGAGGAGUUGGAGCUCUACGGCGAGUUGCCCCUCAUGGUCGUGUCGUACGGCUGUCGUCGCCGGGGCCUGGGCUCGCUGCUGGCGCUGAAGGCCCUGGAGACCUGCAAGGGCCACGGGUACACACGGCUGCUGGUGGACAGCAGCUCGCCGCAGGCCGCCGCCAACACCCUCUACCGGAAGAUGGGCUUCGUCCAGACGGCGGCCCACGGUGAGACGCACGCCAACCGCUGGAUCGCCAUGCUGGCCAGAGUGCAGGUGUUGACACUGGAGAAGUUGUUAUAGUGGCGGUGGGCGGACGGGGGGGAUUCCACACGGGACACAGCCGUCACUGUGAGGUUACCACCGUUGCUGGUUUUCUCAACCACUUCUUGUUUUCUGUCAAAUGUACUGGAAGCACCUUGCAAUGCAAACAACCACACCAAUAAAAGUAAGAGUCAUUUCCAUGAGACAA